AGCAGGUGAUGACGUGCUCCGUAGUUAUCGACUUAACCCAGUCCUGCACGGUCACAACAAACCCCGCCGAACACGGUGCGAGUUUUUAAAUAGAAGUACCCCGUGUUAAGACGGAUUGGGAACGGAAUUAACUGGAGCGACGAAAAGAUGCAGCGUGCUCCAUUUAUGUAAACAGGGAAGCAGUUCGCGUACCAUUUAAGUAAAUAGGAGCACCAGAUUCCUUCAAACAAAACACAAGUGUGAAAUGGCGACCGAAGAUGUCGGCGUCAUCAGUGACUGGAAGAGUCGGCACUGGGACUUGGUACAGCAAAACCUGAACGAGUUCCGAUCGCAAGGAAUCCUCUGUGACGGACGGAUCCUCCUGGGCGACCGAGUGUUCCCCGUGCACCGAAACAUCCUUGCCGUCAGCUGCCCGUACUUCCGCGACAGCCUCACGGGGGAGGCCGUGGACCCUGCACCCGCGGAGUUCAACAUCACGGACGCCGUGACUCCGGAGCAGUUUGACUCCGUCAUGUACAUGUGCUACACCUCACAACUUCCCAAGAACCUUGACGCGAAGCUGCUGGACAUUUGUGAAGACGUCUUCAAGAUUCCUGUCACAUUUUCCACAGUCGGCGAUCCGGUGGAGUUCCCACCCACGCCUCCGUCAUCUCCGAAGUCUGAGAAAAAGAAGGAAGAUGGAGAGAAAAAGGAAAAGUCUGAUGAGGGGGCGAAGAAAGAAGAGUCACCCAUGACUAAUGGCGAGGGUACAGCAGACGAGGGUAGUGGUGACGGUGGGGAGGGGAGCAGCGAGUCCCCUGCCUCUGCUCCACCGCCACCUCCUCCACCACCCCCACCCCCAUCGACAUCACCGCCAACCCCUGAGUACCAGGAUACCUCAACCAUCACUAUCCAGGACAGUGUAAAGCGAAACCUCCAGUCUUCCUUCCACAGGAAUCUGACCGACAUGAUAGAACGCGAGCAGUUCUGUGACAUUGAACUUCGCGUCGAGAACAGGGUCUUCCGAGCUCACAAGAACAUUCUUGCCGCCGCCAGCGAGUAUUUCCGCUCUAUGUUCACGUCAGACAUGAAGGAGAGAUCACAAGACGUGGUGACACUGAAGGGAGUCAGCGGGCGGAGCUUUUACUAUCUCAUGGAGUUCAUGUACACUGGAGAUCUGCAGUUAUGCUUCAGAACAGUUAACGAGCUUCUAGUUGCGUCCAGCUUCCUUCAAAUUCGGCUGGCGAUCGAAGCGGUCGCACAGUUUUUGUAUCUUCAUCUUGACGAAGAGAACUGCUUAGACGUCUUGAACUUGACAGAAACUUACGGCCUAUCCAGGUUGGGAGACAGGGUGUACCAGUUUAUAAAAGACAGACGAGAGACGUGUUCGGUAGAACACAUGAACCCUCAACAAAGAGCUCGCUUCGACAAGACACCCAUGAAGUGUAUCGCGGCCACAGCUGCACAGGAAUUCAUCCAUGCUACAGAUGAGCCUCCGGAGCUGUACAUUUUUGACGACUGUAGGAACGUGUGGAAGCUCCUGACGUCCCUUCCUCACGACGUCUCCAAGACGACGUAUUUUGACGUCGCUGCCAUCGACCACUACGUGUACGUCAUUGUAGGGGACUGUGACACCCAGCGUGGAAAAAGUGGUUGUAGGGUCUUCUGCUUCGACGCCCUCUUACGACUAUGGUCCGAAGUUCCACAAAUGCGACAUCCUCGCUCCUACUUUGGAUUGGCAGCCCUAUUUGGACAUCUUUACGUCGUUGGCGGUCGGAAUCUAAAGGAAAUGAAGGAGAUGGGAUGCAGCUACAUGUCAUCUGUGGAGAGAUUCGAACCCGUGACCAACAGCUGGACUCCCGUGUGCUCCCUACCGGUAGGUGUCCGGGCUCCCAGGCUCACCACCUGCAUGGGGAACCUGUGGGUCUUCGGAGACCACCUGUCGUGGGGAGACAGCACAGCCAGGGCGCUGCGUUACGAUCCCGCUGUGGAUCGCUGGAUGGAGCUGUGGAGCGCUCUGCCCGGAAUGAAAGCACACGUAGGGAGAAUGGAGGAGGAGGCCAUGGAAACAGGAUACGUGCAAAUCAGUGAAUUUUGGCAUAUGCCAUGCUCAGGCCCCAGUCAGUCCACGGCGAAGAAACUUCGGUUCGACCCCAAGAGCAACCGCUGGAGAGAAGAAACAUGGCCGACCUACGCCAACCCAGGAAUGAAAGCAGCGGAACGCAACUGUCUGUACCUGGUGCAGAGCGAAGAGCCGGCAGGGCAGGUGGUGAAGUACGACAUCCUGACGGAGGAGACCAGCGAGCUGAGCCGGCUUCCCGACUAUCUGCCGUCCCACCCAGCCAGCAAAUGUGCGCUGCUAGGCAACAGGCUCCUCUUCGUGGACUACAAAGAGCCAGGGAAGGUUCAUUGUUACAACCUGGAGGAGGACAGGUGGAGCGAGCUGGCCAACUUUCCGGGGGUGAGAAAGAACACUACAAGAACGAUAACGCUGGAGAUGACGAUGCCUUCUUCAUUAAACUGAUGUGCCUAAUAAUCUAUUACAUACAGCGUGUCCAUCAGCAGGUGUAUCAUUAAAUGCUAGAAAAUAUUUAUAUCAUAUCAUAUAUCAUGUAUCAAAGAGUUGGGAUAAGAGGCAUAUAUUUUGCCUAUGAAAUCCGCUUCUUUAGCUUAAGUCCAUAGUUUAUGCUGAUAUCGAUGAGUAAGUCGUGGACUUCACCUUAUAGAUUGAAAUUUAUUGAAUGAAUGAAUCGUGAUUUUUCGUCACAUGCAAACUAUUCAUGAUGCUGAUUGUGAUACCAAAGAUACCAAAGUACAGUAGCAUUUUAAAUGUAGCAUUAGUUACUACAUACAUUGUAUUUACGUAAUGUUUUACAUGUAUCUCUUACGCUUUGAUAGUGCAUGAUACAAUGAUUAACAUAAUUUCCUCUAUGAGCAAAUGUCACCUUAAACGCAUAGCAAAAUGUAACUUAACAUAUUCCUUCAUACUUUAAAUAAAGUAAGAUUAAAACGUGCUAACUGUA